GGGGGGACGGGACUGCGACUGCACAUGUGCAGUAGCACAGAGUCAUCAUGGCGGCGCGUAGCCAUGUGCAAGAUCCCAAUGACAGGAGGCUGCGUCCGAUAUACGAUUAUCUAGACAAUGGCAACAACAAGAUGGCUAUCCAGCAAGCUGACAAAUUGCUCAAGAAGCAUAAGGAUCUUCACUGUGCGAAGGUUCUGAAAGCAAUUGGCCUACAGCGAACGGGGAAGCAAGAAGAGGCGUUUACUCUGGCACAGGAAGUAGCUGCACUUGAACCGACCGAUGACAACUCCUUACAGGCCCUGACCAUUCUCUAUCGAGAGAUGCACAGACCGGAAUUGGUCACUAAGCUGUACGAGGCUGCUGUGCGAAAGGUCCCGAACAGUGAAGAGUACCACUCGCAUCUCUUCAUGGCAUAUGCCAGGGUUGGGGAAUAUAAAAAAAUGCAACAGGCUGGAAUGGCACUUUACAAGAUUGUUCCGAAGAAUCCAUAUUAUUUUUGGUCUGUGAUGAGUCUGGUCAUGCAGUCCAUUUCAGCACAAGAUGAGAAAUUAUCAAAGACAAUGUUCCUCCCCUUGGCGCAACGAAUGGUGGAGAAGAUGGUGAAAGAGGACAAGAUUGAGGCUGAAGCAGAGGUGCAACUUUAUUUAAUGAUUUUGGAACGUCUUGGAAAGGAUCUGGAAGGUCUGGAAGUCAUCAGAGGAAAGCUGGGAGAAAAACUGACCAGUGAGUUACAGAGUCGUGAGAUGAAAUGUAUGGUGCUAUACAAGAAGCUGAUAAAAUGGCCUGAAUGCAAUGCAUUAUCUAGGAAACUUUUAUUGAACAACCCAGAUGACUGGCAGUUUUACUUAUCCUACUUUGAUUCCCUCUUCCAUCUAAUUGAUGCUGCUUGGACUCCACCCACAGAGGCAGAACACUCUCUGGAGGGUCCAGUCACCUGUCAUGUACAGGAGGCCAUAAACUUUGUGGAAGAGAGAAUUUUGAAUGAGGAACCAAAGGGUUCCCGCCGUUUGAGGGGACCAUACCUGGCUAAACUUGAAUUGAUAAAACGGCUGAGAGCGAGGGGUACCAAUGAUGAAUACAGACUUGGGAUACCAGAGGAGCUGAUGUUCCAGUACUUUGAGAGGUUUGGGGAUAAACCUUGCUGUUAUUCUGACCUGAGAAUCUUUGUCGAUCUGCUGUCACCGGAGCGGCAUACACAGUUCAUCAACAAACUGAUGGAAGUCGUACCUCUGUCGGUAUCAUCAGAGAGUGACCUUGCAUUACCAGAUGACAUCAAAGCUAUGCAGAGGCACAUGUUUGUCAUCCAGUUUGCCAGAUUGUUAGGUCUUCAUGAGGCCUUGGACCGGGAACAGAAACUCAUUCUUGUCGAGGAGCUGAUGCUGAGAUACAAACAUGCCCUGGAGUUUGGAAAGUCGUGCUUAAAAACGGAAUUGCAGUUCUCUGAUAAUUAUUGUCUCUUCGCUGUGCAUCUUCUCAUUGACAUCUGGAGACAAUCAGGUGAGGAGGGGCCAUUGUGGCAGUCUCUGGCCCUACUGGAGGAGACUCUCUCCAACAGCCCCUCUAGUGCUCAGUUCAAGUUGCUGCUCAUUCGAAUCUACUGUCUUCUGGGAGCUUUUGAGCCAGUCGUAGACUUGUACACCAGCCUUGAUGCCAAGCAUGUGCAACAUGAUACAAUUGGGUAUUUGCUGACUCGAUACGCAGAGCCAUUGGGCCACCUUGCUGCUGCUUCCCAAGCGUGUAACUUCACACUCAGGUUUUUCCACUCCAACCAGAAAGAUACCUCUGAAUACAUAAUCCAGGCGUAUAAAUAUGGUGCUUUUGAGAAGAUCCCAGAAUUCAUUGCCUUUCGGAACAGGCUGAACAACUCUCUGCAUUUUGCACAAGUCCGUAUUGAACGUAUGCUGUUAGACCUCUUCCUCGAAGCAAACGUAACGCAAAGCCUAGAAGAGAGUAUAAAAGCCAUGGGUUUAUGUCCAGAUGAAGAUGAUAUACCAUGGGACAAUCUCCGGGAUAACCGGGAUCUAACUGUUCUCUUUUCCUGGGAUCCAAAGGACAGUGAAUUGACAGAAGGGCAAAGGGAGACGUCGAUGAAAGAAGAGAGGACGUGGCUUCAGAUUCGUUCGUUGACGCUACGCUUAGUCUGUGCACUCGCUACCAUUAGCCACACAGUCGAGCUGAAGAAUUCCAAUCGGACAACAGAGAAUGGUGUCGCUUCUAAAAUUGACACACUACGUUAUUUAAUUCAACAGCUUGAAUGUAUCGUGCAGACGGAGAAGAAAAAGGACAAACAAGCUGUUCAGUUUCUAGUCCAAGGGUCACCUCCAGCCCGCAUGAUCACUUACCUGGAAAGCACCAGCUGCUGGUGUCAGAUUAACGCUUUCCAUCUGGUUAUCGAUGUUUACGAAUUGGAUGCCAGCGGAUUAGAAGAAACACUGGAUGUCCAAAACCGGAUAGCAAAUGAUUUUAAGGCGUUAUUAGGACAAUUACAAGAGUUAUUCAAUAAUAAAUGUAAAGGGAGUUUGUUGGAAGCUAACAAAACAAAUUAUAUAACAAGACCAGAACUUUUAGAAAACCUGGUCUUUUUAGUUGAGACUGUCUGCAUAAUCCUGUGGGUAUCUUAUUACUGUGGUAAUGUCCUACGGCCGCUUAAAUCCAGUUUACAGAAGAAAAAGAAGAAGAAAAAGGAAAUCAAUUUUGCAAUGCCAAUAGUUUUCAGCGGCUUCCAGGACUACGUGGCUGGAUUACAGAAUUUCUUGUCCGAAGUGGUUUACCAUAUUAAGGAAUUAGAGUCUGCACUAACUGCACUGAAAUUUGAGGAGCUGACGAUGGAUGGACAUUCAGCCAUUGAGGGUGAACAGAAGUUCUCCAUGGUGGUGCGAGGAAAAAUACAAAGCAGCUACCUGCGUUCCCUUCAGGAGAUGGGAGAGCUACUGAGAAAGAGACUGGACACAGUUAAAAGCCUGAAAAUUUAACUCUUUGAGGCGGAGAGGGAAGAGGAAGGUGGGGGGGAGGACAAGCGGCAAAAAAAAAAACUGCUGGGCAAUGCCGCUUCACCCCAAUACUGUUAUCAUAUGUUCCUAGGACCCCAUCAGAUGCAUCAGCUGAUCCAGAACAUUUACCAGAGAGCAUGAAGGACUUUGCAACAAAAGAGUUUAAAAUAAAAGGUUUUUAGAACAAAAAAAGUUAAUAAAUUAUGUACAUAAAUUCAGAGUCAGAGGCCUUCUCUCAGACUUGGCAGCAAUAUUUUUAGAAAAUGUUGGGUGUUUCUCUUGUGUAGUUCAGUGCAUGACACACCCAGCAAUAUCGCUACUAGAUGCCGAGAAGUCAAGAGAAACAUCAGACUGUGUUCAGUAGAAAAUAGUACCUGUGUCGGUGCUGAAAUUUUGACUGCAGCUUUUACAUCACACAUUGGUGUACAGACUGUAUAUGUUAAGUAUCAUAUGUUUCAUCAUAAUUUAUUCAAUAUUUCAAUUAUAAUGUUUUUAUUUGUAUAAAAUUUAUGUUGCCUAAGCAGAACUCACUUUCAGCAACUGUGAAACACAGAAUAUGUGCUCUUUCAUUGUGAAUCCAACUUCCAAAUUCAUUCCCUUAUUCUACCGUUCUCUUCCUCAAGGUUUUUAACUUUGAAGGGAUUUUAUUUUGCUUUUAAGGUGCUUCACUUUCAAUUUUUUUUUUUUUUCCCCCAAGGUGUGUGUAAGCCACUUACCUGCAGUUUGUUGCGAAUGGAAUUAAUACUUACGGUAGUUCUGAACAGACUAGGGGAGUCAAAAUAAUCUUCAGGCAAGUUGUUCAAAACCAGAAGACGUCAAUGCCCGUCAUAUUUAAUGCUGCCUCUAUUCGCUGCCUCUGGUUUAAAAAAAAAGAAAAAUGCAUUGCAUCUAACAGAGGCGGCCCCACCAUUUGCGUUCACAUCAGUUGACAACCAGGACUAACAAAGAGAGGAGGAAACCUAAUGUAUUAAAGUUAUAAAAGUAUUCUUUGACAGGCGAGCCUGGAUUUAAGAGAUGAAUUCAAAUAUUAAACAGAAGACUGGUACUUAUGGUGUAUUUAUCCCAAGUGUAUUGCAAAUAUCUAUCACCCUCCUAGGCAAGAGACUUGAGAGUGAAAAUAAUUGCAGAACCUGAUUCAUGCAAGCCUGGAUCAUGUGCUUCCCUAGUGGUUGAAUGAGUUAUAUAUUGUUGAACAAUGUUAAUCAAAUUGAUUUCAUUUACGCUCGGUUUGUUAAUGUCAAAAUGGCUUUGAAUUCUUAAAUCAACAGUAUUCCAAACUGUGAAGGAUGAACAUAUCAAGUAACCCAUUAUUUUCCCGUCGUUUUUGCCCCAUCCCCGCCAAGAGAAAGUAUUCUAGUUUUAAAUUAUACUGGGGUCAGUGUAUUUUGGUGUGCUGUCAAUUAUGAAAAAUCUGUCAACAGUCCUGAUCUCCUCUUGGUUUUGGAUAAAUUGCAAAAAGACGUCCGAUCGUCUUACAAUUUCCAAAGGAUUGAGAUGGUACUUCUAGGAAAGUGAGUGGGAAUAGGGAGAGGCAGGAAAUUGAAAAUGCUUCCUUGGCUUGCACAUCAGUGUGAAUUUUGUGCAGCAGCACCAUUUCAAGUUUGUAUAUUCUCCAGCUUAAAAUAAGCGAGGGGGUAGCAUGUGAACGCAAAGAGCAGAGAAGCUGCUCUCCUUAGAGCAAAGUAGGUUAAGAUUUGACGAAGGUGUUUAAAAUCCAGCAGGGUUAUGAGGGGACUGUUUAUGGUGGUAAAUGGAGGAAACAGAUUGAAGGUACAAGGCUAAAGUACCAGAAGUCAGGAAAGAAAUAAAGAUCAAUACAGUGAUUAUGAUCUGGAAAGUCCUGCCUGAAAGGGUGACAGAAACCAAUCCAACAAUUUCCUAAAGAGAAUUGAUUAAUUACUUGGCAAGACUAUUUUCAGAUUCUGUGGGAAAAGAACCUGGGGGUAUGUGUAUCAUUGGGUUACACUGCUAAAAGCUGGCACUGGUAAUUUGGCCUGAAUGGCUUCCCUCGUUCUGUCAGCCCACAAGUAAAUGUGAUCCCACGUUGACCCAAGGUUCUUGCUACGUUGAAGCUGGGAUCUUGUUUUCUGUUUUGGAUCCCUUUGUAGGAACCUUUACAAGAAGAGUUUUCAUUUUCUCUCAGCUACAUUCAAGGCACUGCAUAACGAUUUUCAUAACCCAUUUCCCAAAGCAUAAUUCUGUUGAAUGGAAAUAAAAUUUGUCUCUGUAAUAUAGGUGUCUAAAAAAAUAUAAUUAGGGCCAUGAUUGAGAGAGUGCCUGGAGCAUUAUUGCUCCAAUCAAUUAAAAAUCGGCAAUGCAUGGUUAAAGAUGCAAAAUACCAAAAUGGGAACUUUUAUCAAAUUAGCCAAAUGCGUAUUAUGUGCAGUGUGGAAAUGAUAUGAAGGCAUUAAACAACUGGAUAACAUUCUUUUAAGUCUAGUUUUUGCCCUUAAAAAUAAACUCUUUAUCUUUAACUAUCAAAUCA